CCAACUUAAACACAGAAAUCGACCAUUUCUCGACUUGGGUAUCAGAGAUUAUAACCUUCCUUCAAUUCAACUUCACGAUUUCUGUAUCAACAUCACUUCAAUCAGGUGUUGAUUCUGUUGUAGAUCACUUUUGUAGUCAAACAAGCCAUUUGGAGCAGACAUUGAUAUCCAUUUGUUCAGAUUCAGAGAAAAUUGAGGCAUAUCAAACAGAAGGGGAGGACCAGGGUGUUUGAAUUGAAUCCGUUCGGUUUUUGCUGGAACCUAUAAAGCCUAGUUAUUGCCAUGGGUUCUUCUGAAGCAAUUUUGCAAGUUUUCUGUGGGGUUGCACCUUUGAAGCAAUUCCUCAAGUCGGAUUUAACAUUUUCUCCUGGAUCCCUUACAAAAUGCAAAAAGGGAAGUGGAUCAAGUGUUGUUCGGUUAUUCAGGUGCUCAAGUAUUUUCAAGAACGGUCAUAUUCAUCGCCAGUUUCCUAGAACUCCUAGAAUUCCGUAUGAAAGCUUCAAAAACGGACGAUUUGAUCAUUCGUGUUGUAAAUGCAAAAAUGCUGAAAGUGUUAGUGGUUUUACUGCUGAGGAUGGAAAUGGUACAUGGUUUGUGGAUAAUGCCAAACAGUUUAAUACCAUUCACGAUAUGGUUAAUCCACCAAAUCUCUUGGAUUCGGAGGACGUUCAAAGGUUAAAGAAAGAAAAGGAGGUUUCGAUGUCUGAUAGCAAAGUCCAUGAUAAGAUGCAAAAGACUAGUCUUGAUAUGAUCGAGGAUGAAGCGUGGGACCUACUGCGUGAAUCCAUUGUGACCUAUUGUGGUAGUCCUAUUGGAACUAUAGCUGCAAAGGACCCCACCAGCUCAAGUGUUCUUAACUACGAUCAAGUUUUCAUCCGUGACUUCAUACCUUCCGGUAUAGCAUUCUUAUUAAAAGGGGAGUAUGACAUUGUCCGCAGUUUCAUCCUUCACACACUUCAACUUCAGAGCUGGGAGAAAACGAUGGAUUGUCAUAGCCCUGGUCAGGGAUUGAUGCCAGCCAGUUUUAAGGUUCGUACGGUACCCCUUGAGGGUGAUGACACCGCAACCGAAGAAGUAUUAGAUCCCGACUUUGGAGAGGCUGCAAUUGGGCGUGUUGCCCCUGUUGAUUCUGGAUUGUGGUGGAUUAUAUUGUUACGUGCAUAUGGAAAGAGUUCCGGAGAUAUGUCACUCCAAGAGAGAAUUGAUGUUCAAACUGGAAUUAAGAUGAUCCUUAAGUUAUGUCUUGCUGAUGGUUUCGAUAUGUUUCCUACUUUGCUGGUUGCUGAUGGUCCUUGCAUGAUCGAUCGCCGUAUGGGAAUUCAUGGCCACCCGCUCGAAAUCCAAGCGUUAUUUUAUUCCGCAUUAAUGUGUGCACGGGAAAUGCUUGCACCAGAGGAUGGAACAGCAGAUCUUGUUAGAGCCUUAAACAACCGUCUUGUUGCAUUAUCAUUCCACAUACGAGAAUAUUACUGGAUAGAUAUGGGAAAACUUAACGAAAUCUACCGUUACAAGACUGAAGAAUACUCUUAUGAUGCCGUCAACAAAUUCAACAUUUACCCUGAUCAAAUUUCUCCGUGGUUAGUAGAAUGGAUGCCAAAUAAAGGAGGAUACCUUAUUGGAAACCUGCAACCGGCUCAUAUGGACUUCCGCUUUUUCUCUCUUGGAAAUUUUUGGUCUGUAGUCAGCAGUCUAGUUACAGCUGAUCAAUCACACGCGAUUUUGGAUCUUAUUGAAGCGAAAUGGGCGGAUUUAGUCGCGGAUAUGCCUUUCAAGAUUUGUUAUCCUGCUCUUGAAGGUCAGGAAUGGCAAAUUAUCACAGGCAGUGAUCCUAAGAACACGCCAUGGUCAUACCACAAUGGAGGUUCGUGGCCAACUUUGCUCUGGCAGCUUACAGUGGCAUGCAUCAAGAUGGACAGGCCAGAAAUCGCCGCAAGAGCCGUUGAGGUAGCAGAGAGGCGGUUGGCUCAAGACAAGUGGCCUGAAUACUACGACACCAAAAGAGGAAGGUUUAUAGGGAAGCAAUCGCGAUUAUUUCAAACAUGGACAAUUGCAGGAUAUCUUGUAUCAAAACUUCUCCUUGCCGACCCAACGAAAGCCAAGAUUCUGAUGACGGAUGAAGAUUCCCAGCUUGUUAAUGCCUUUUCGUGCAUGAUCACUUCUAAUCCACGAAAGAAACGCGGUCCAAAGCCUUCCGAGAAGACCUACAUUGUAUGACCUUUCUAUUUUGGGAAAGUUUAUUUGUUCUUUAGGUAUAGAUUAUACUAUAUAGUAAGGGGCGCAAAUUUAAGCCGCCUCGUAUUGCUUGUUAUUUGUGAUUGGAGAUCACGAGUUCGAGUCAUGGAAACGAUCCAAAAAGACCAUGUACAAUUACAUUCCGUUUGAAGACAUGUAAAUAUGUACUUUGUUCUUGUAUAUGAUUAUGAAAUGAAGAGAAAUGAUCCCAUUCUUGCA